AACCUUGUGAAAUCUCAGUAAACUGUUACAAGCAUCAGCAAAGAGUAAUUCAGAAAAACAAAUCCAUAUUUUCAUAGUCCGACCCUUUUAUCAAGUUAAAUCCUUUAAAAUGUUAGCCGGCUGCCCCGAUGAGCUGCCCAAUCCCCACAAGAAUUGCCUGCACGAGAUGCUGCAGGCAUUGAUCUGCAAUGAUAACGAUGUAAAGCGUCUAAACACAGAACUUCGGAAUCUUCAGCUGGAGCUGAAGGCAGAGCUGGACAGGAUUGACAAGGCGAACAUAAAGUGCGGUCACGAGAAGAAAGGCAAGGUGGUUUGCGAGAGCGUGGAAGAUGUAACCAAAUUUGCCCAGCGGAUCAACAGUUUGGAUGAGGUGAAAAGGCAUUUAACCAAGCGAAGUGAGGAGAUCCGAAAGAGGCGGGACAACAUUAUCAUCUAUGCACGGCAGUGCCUGUAUGCUUACAACGAGGAGAAGUGCAAAUUUAAAUCCUUUCACGAGAACACUGUGGACUAUAUUAAGCGCACAGCCGCCCUUUCCCAGGAUGCUGAGGUUAUACGUGGCUGCGAGAAGGACGUGUGCGAUCUACACAAGCGAUUCGUUCGAGAGGUGGCUAAGCUGAAAAGUUGCGAAUCAGAGUUGGAGCCCUUCUUUAAGCUUCUAAAAGACUCCGAUCCGAAGGGUCAUUGCGAGUGCUGUUGCUUCAAGGGCUAUGACUGGCUACCACAGGGCAAGAACGUCGAAUCCGUGGAUACGAUGGCCAACGAUAUUAAGGAACAGAUGGGCGAUGUCCUGGUGCGAGCUUUUGCUCAGCUGCACAUUCAUUCGCCGCAGGAUCCGCGGGCCUUCAUUGCCGCCUAUCUAAUGAACCUUGAUCGCAACGAGCAGGAUAUGAAGGAGAAGCUGGAUAUUUUCCAAGCAGAUCCUGAAGGGCAGCUGCAGGUGCUUUCGGACCCCACUUUCCACUGCGAGGAUACUUGUCCUGCACCUGAAUAAUGACUUCUUUUAGUUAAAUAGAAAAAUGAUUGCUUUCAAUUGACAAAAUUUAGCUUAACAAGUACCUCGCAAUCUUGGAAUUUAAGUUUAAAUAUUAUUAAAAUAUGCAAAAUUAAUCUUAAAAUGACAAGUCGUAGAUUUCUUCAGAAACUUUUAAUCAAUUCGAAAUAAAAUCGCAAUACAUUUUAGACACA